GCUCGCUUCCUGCCGCCCCACCGCCGUGUGCGUGUUGUGUGAGUGAGACGUGGUGAGAUCUGUGCAAGAACUCGGCCUGUCCUGUUGGGUUGCGUGUGGGAAUGUGUGCUAGCUUCACCUGUAGCGCUGUUAGUUGUAAUGUAGUUAGUUAGUCUAUAUUUUAUUUUUGUAAAUAUACACCAGCAAUUUCGUUGCAAAAACGAAUCUGCAGGCCGUAGUUUUACCCUGUGUUUUGGUUUGCAGACCCAGGACAUAUGCUAAGCUGCUAAGCAGUUAGCUAGCUAUUCCUUGCGCUUUGCUUGGCUAAUUCUUGCUGUGAGUGAGAGGUGCAGGAUCUGCCUCAUUCUGAAGAUGUCCACGAGCUGCCCGAAGAGCACGAGCCAGGCCAUCCCGGCCACCAGGCGCGUGGCCAUCAGUGACCCCGCGCACAUGCCGCACGAGUACUGCAGCACCCCCGGGGGGACCCUGUUCAGCACCACGCCCGGAGGCACCCGUAUAAUCUAUGAUCGGAAGUUUCUGCUGGGCUGUCGCACGUCCCCAUUGGCCAGAACCCCGCCCCGCCAUCUCCCAGACAUUCCAGGGGUCACCAGCCCCUCCGCCAAUCACAUCAACAACGACAAGACCCCCCCCAGCAACCACAGCCCCCCCGCCGAGAAGAGCGCAGGGGAUGACGCUCAGUUUGAAAUGGACAUCUGACCCGGAUAACAGACACACCAAGAUGAUGAUGAUGAUUUUGGCAACAAUGAAGAUUAUUAAAGAGGAAGAUUUUCUGGGAGGCGGAGCUUGUGGUUCUGAACACGCCCCCUCCCUGCACCCACAGCCACACCUCUCCCUCAGCCUGGUCCACCUCACAGCUCCCCCCUUCCCCCAUCUGCUGCUGUCAGGAAGCAGAGAUGCACACCCCCCCGCCCCCC